GCAGUGACGUCACUUUUUUUCGUUUGCGCAUCUCCUGAACCCAUAUUGCCCACGUGAUACCUAUAUUCCUUCCUUUUCUGCUGUGGCGUGACUAUUCUUACCUUGUUGUAACAACCGAGAAACAACCAUGGGUAAGGGAGAAAAAACUCACAUCAACAUUGUGGUCAUUGGCCACGUGGACUCCGGGAAGUCUACAUCCACUGGUCACCUGAUCUACAAAUGCGGUGGUAUUGACAAGAGAACCAUCGAAAAAUUCGAGAAGGAAGCUCAGGAGAUGGGAAAGGGCUCCUUCAAGUAUGCCUGGGUAUUGGACAAACUGAAGGCUGAACGUGAACGUGGAAUCACCAUCGAUAUUGCUCUGUGGAAGUUUGAGACGCCCAAGUAUGGUGUGACCAUCAUUGAUGCUCCUGGACACAGAGAUUUCAUCAAAAACAUGAUCACAGGAACCUCGCAGGCCGAUUGCGCUGUAUUGAUUAUUGCUGCUGGUACUGGAGAGUUUGAAGCUGGUAUUUCCAAGAAUGGACAAACUCGUGAACAUGCUCUGCUUGCUUAUACACUUGGUGUGAAGCAGAUGAUUGUUGCCAUCAACAAGAUGGACAACACUGAGCCACCCUACAGUGAAAGUCGUUUUAAUGAAAUCUCAAAGGAAGUGAGUAGCUACAUCAAGAAGGUGGGUUACAACCCAAAGUCUGUUCCUUUCAUUCCUAUUUCUGGAUGGCAUGGUGAUAACAUGUUGGAAGCCAGUUCCAAUAUAACCUGGUUCAAGAAUUGGACCAUUGAGAGGAAAGAGGGCAAUGUCAGUGGUAAAACCCUGUUGGACGCCAUUGACAGCAUCCUUCCUCCAUCUCGUCCUUCAACUAAACCUCUUCGACUUCCCCUCCAGGAUGUUUACAAGAUUGGAGGUAUUGGAACAGUGCCAGUUGGUAGGGUAGAGACCGGAAUUAUCAAGCCUGGAAUGGUCGUCAUUUUUGCCCCAUCUGCUCUGACAACUGAAGUGAAAUCAGUGGAGAUGCACCACGAAUCUAUGACCGAAGCACUUCCUGGAGACAAUGUUGGAUUCAACGUCAAAAAUGUCUCCGUUAAAGAACUGAAGAGAGGAAAUGUUGCUGGAGACAGCAAGAACGAUCCCCCUGCUGGAGUAGAGUACUUUAUGGCUCAGGUUAUUGUCCUAAACCAUCCUGGAGAAAUCCACGCCGGAUACACCCCAGUCCUUGAUUGCCACACUGCUCAUAUUGCUUGCAAGUUCACCAAGCUCUGUGAGAAACUUGACCGUCGGUCUGGAAAGAGUAUGGAGAACGAUCCCAAAAGUGUGAAAUCGAACGAUGCCUGUAUUGCUGAACUUACUCCCUCGAAGCCUAUGUGUGUGGAAGCUUUUAACGACUACGCUCCUCUUGGGCGUUUUGCUGUCCGUGACAUGCGUCAAACGGUAGCUGUCGGAGUCAUCAAGUCUAUCAAGAAAGCCGAAAAGACCGGCAAAACCACCAAGGCUGCCCAGAAAGCCCAGAAGAAAUGAAACGCAUUUAACCUUCCACCAGUCCACGGAGGUGACAUUAACUGCAGUAGCUUUUAUUUUACCUCAUCUGAUUUAGAUGAUUGUGUGUCCAAGAAGGCAAAAAUUGAAGAAAAAGUUCACAGAAAAACAUUCAGAAUUAAAAUGAAAUCAUUUUUGAAUGAUCCACAGCAAAGCAUUUACUGGACUGUUAAACUUCUUAGAAAAAAAAUCCAUCGGAAAGAAGUGAGAAGGAAAGAAAAAAUGAUGCUGUAGGUAACGGCAUUAAUUAAAAUAUUUAAAUAA